AAAAAGAGAGAAGAAGAUCGAAGUUGGGAACUGCCGACAGACAAGGACGAGUAAGAAUGUCGAAUCAACGAUAGACAUUUUUGGGAUACUUGAAACACCUCGACGCAUGUAUUGUCAAUUUAAUUGCGUCGAUAUAAACACAUGGAAUUUUAUUUGGAAUUCGUUGUGUUUGAAAUUAUGUCCCGAAUUGGUAUUGCUCGUAACCACUACAAGUCCACCAAUGACAAUGACAACAAGUACUACACCGAAACAAGAACCUACAACGACAACUGCAAUCACUUCGUCUAAUGCACCUUCAUCAAAUCCUUCAUCAAAUCCUUCAUCGAAUGCAGGGACAACAACGGUGGCUUCUUCAUUGAUGACUACUUCUUCUUCCUCGUCGGCAGGUUCAACAACAUCAUCUACUACUGUAAGUGGUACAAGUAUGGGUUCUUCAACGUCAACUAUGAUGAUGGGUUAAUAAUUUGAAUCAUUUUAUUGUAUCAUAUUGUGUUUAUCAUCCCAUCAGAGAAAUGGAAGAUGGCGUUGCGUGUUCGAAAUGAUUUGAUAAUGAUCAAAUUUAACUUUGUAUUUCUCGCAUUUUUUAAUCGCAUUUAAUAAUAACAGAUGCACUUUUACC